GGGAAGAGGCGGGUGUCCGGAGAUCCGGUCACAUGGCUGGCUGGGCGGGGCUUCCCGUUCAUAUCCCAGUGUCCCUUGUACUGACUUCCUUUCUGACUCUUUCCGGGCGUUCAAGAUGUCGAAGCGAGGACGUGGUGGGUCCUCCGGAGCGAAAUUCCGGAUUUCCCUGGGUCUUCCGGUAGGAGCUGUGAUCAACUGUGCUGACAAUACAGGAGCCAAAAAUUUGUAUAUCAUCUCUGUGAAGGGAAUCAAGGGACGACUGAACAGACUUCCUGCUGCUGGUGUGGGCGACAUGGUGAUGGCCACAGUUAAGAAAGGCAAACCAGAACUAAGGAAAAAGGGUGAGUAGACCAUGGUGGAUAGU